CAAAAAAAUGAAACAAAGGCAAAAUAAAGAAAAAUCCAAUAAGUAAAACAAAAGAAAUAAACCAGACGUCUGCAGUGCAGUCAUUUCCGUUCCGCAGUAGUGAACACAUAUACGUGAGAUUGAGUGUUGAACGUAAUUAACGAACAGCAAUAAAAAUAAAAAAAAGUAACCUGCCUAACGCCUACUUUCCUCUUUCGCUUUGAAUUUAUUCAUAAAGCAAACACCUGGUUAACUGCGCUGGGUACGUUUGAUUGGUGUCGUAAAGAAAAGUGUGAAAGAAUUUUAUGAAAAAUGGUUGAUCGUUUGGUGAAUUCGGAGGCGAAUACCAGGCGUAUAGCUUUGGUGGAGAGUUGUUUUGGCAGCUCAGGUGUACCACUAGCGAUAUCCGGUCGUGUUUUGGUUGGUGAGGGUGUUUUAACAAAAAUGUGCCGUAAACGUCCGAAAUCGAGACAAUUUUUUUUAUUUAAUGACAUCUUGGUUUACGGCAAUAUUGUUAUUGGUAAAAAGAAAUACAAUAAACAACACAUAAUGCCUUUGGAAGAGGUGUCAUUGGAUGAUAUUGAGGAUUGCAGCCAAUAUCGUAAUGGUUGGCUUAUACGAACAACCACUAAAUCAUUUGUGGUAUAUGCGGCAACUGCUACCGAAAAACAAGAAUGGAUGGCCCAUAUCAACAAGUGCGUAGAGGAUUUAUUGCGUAAAUCGGGUAAAAAACCGGUUGAAAAUCAUGCUGCCGUUUGGGUACCCGAUGCCGAGGCUACCGUAUGCAUGCAUUGCAAAAAAACCCAAUUUACAAUGAUAGUGCGUCGUCAUCAUUGCCGUAAUUGUGGGGCGGUAGUGUGCGGACCAUGUUCGGCUAAAAAAUUUCUUUUACCACAACAAAGCUCGAAGCCAGUGCGUGUUUGUAGCACCUGCUAUGAACGUCUUAGCAAAGCUCUUAAAGUGGACACGUCCAAAACAUCACCCAAUCAUGAGAACUCCAACGUUAAUGCUCUUAAGCUUAGCAACGACAGUUCAGGGGAUGAUGAUUCUGAUGAUGAGGGUACAAGUGCCGGAACCGAACAACAACACGAUCAACCGAAAUUUUACGGUGACACCACCAACUUAAACGUUGAAGAAUCUUUUAAUGCCUCGACAACACACAACUCUAGUCACUUACCUACCAACUGAUGAUUAAAACGUUAUAAUGGAAUGGGAAUGAGGAAAGAGAGACUGCAGCAGCCAGUAGCGUACGGAGAUGAUUGUUAUAUAUAUUCAAUAAUAA